CUGUUUAUGUUCAGAGCUCAGGUGCUGCGCGAGAGGGGACACGGCGCGCGCGACGCGGUAGUAAUUUUUAAACCGCAAUAUUUUGUAUUUUGAAUCGGCGUGCGCGAGACUGACCGUUAUUCCUCACGAGCUAUCUAAGCUGGACCCCGUGUCUAAAAGUAUUCGCACCCCUGUCUUUGUUAGCUAGCACAGUGUGUACUCUGUGUGUGUGUGUUUUAUUGUUUAUGCUCGGUUCUAACCGCUGGAGCUAACGGACCGGUUCUGAGUCUUUUCAACCGAAACGAACCCAUUUCGAACAAAACCCACCGUUAUCAGGGAUUCACGCAGCAUUCAUGAUGAAGAUUCAGCUGGCGGUGAAGCUGAGGCCAAGCUGAGACCGAGCGUGCGACUGUGUAGUGAUCAUCGCUGGAGAGCCAUAAUCCAAGCUCACACACACAAAGACACGCACGCACACACACACUCACACACCGCUCCCAUGUUUUCUCCAGAGCAGGAAAACAUCUCCACCACCUCCACCAAAGUGCCAGUUAAAUACGGAGAGCUCAUCGUACUCGGGUACAAUGGCUCUCUCCCGAACGGAGACCGCGGAAGGCGGAAGAGCCGCUUUUCUCUCUUCAAGCGGCCCAAAGCAAACGGAGUCAAACCCAGCACUGUGCACAUCGCCUGCACACCACAGGCAGCCAAGGCCAUAAGUAAUAAGGACCAGCACAGUAUCUCCUAUACUCUUUCCCGAGCUCAGACCGUGGUGGUGGAGUACAAUCACGACAGCAAUACUGACAUGUUCCAGAUCGGCCGCUCAACAGAAAAUCCGAUAGAUUUCGUAGUGACCGACACCAUCCCCGGCAGUCAGAGUAACGCGGACACACAGACCGUACAGAGCACCAUCUCACGCUUCGCCUGUCGCAUCAUCUGCCAGCGAACCCCGCCCUACACGGCCCGUAUCUAUGCCGCCGGCUUCGACUCAUCCAAAAACAUCUUCCUUGGGGAGAAGGCAGCGAAAUGGAGAACGUCAGACGGACAGAUGGACGGCUUGACGACGAACGGUGUGUUGGUGAUGCACCCACGUAAUGGCUUCACCGAGGACUCCAAACCCGGCGUAUGGAGGGAGAUCUCAGUGUGCGGUAACGUCUUCACGCUUCGGGAAACACGAUCCUCACAGCAGCGGGGCAAAAUGGUGGAGAGCGAGUCGCACGAGCUGUCGGACGGCGCUCUGAUCGACCUGUGCGGCGCGACGCUGCUGUGGCGCACAGCCGAGGGUCUCCGUCGCGCGCCCACCCUGAAACACCUGGAGGCGCUCCGGCAGGAGCUGAACGCGGCGCGGCCACAGUGUCCCGUAGGCCUCAACACGCUGGCGUUCCCGAGCAUGCGGCGUUGCCAGGGCGCCGUGGCCGAGAAGCAGCCCUGGGCGUACCUGCAAUGCGGCCACGUGCACGGCUACCACGACUGGGGCGAGCGGGGCGGGGCCGGGGGCGGUACCGAGCGGGAGUGUCCGAUGUGCCGCGCCCGCGGGCCCUACGUGCCGCUGUGGCUGGGCUGCGAAGCUGGGCUAUAUGUCGACGCAGCUCCGCCCACUCACGCCUUCAGCCCGUGCGGCCACGUGUCCUCGGAGAAGACGGCCUCGUUCUGGAGUCAGAUCCCACUUCCACACGGCACACACACCUUCCACGCCGCGUGCCCCUUCUGCGCCCAGCAGCUCAGCACCGGCCACAGCCAUGUCCGACUCAUCUUCCAAGGGCCCGUGGACUGACCUCUGACCUUUUUUGAACCUACCGGGGCCUGUCCCGCUCCAUGCACUCCUCAGUUCAGUUCUUUUUUUUUCUUUCUUUUUUUUUUCUCCCAAAACCAUAAAUUAAACUCUUGGUGUUCUUUCACUGUUCUGUUCUUUGACGACAAACACACAACAGAGAGCCGUCUAGACUCUCGCGUCUCACAUCGCUCUCUACAAAACCACAUUCGUCUGUGCUAAACACCGUGUACACCUAGGGAUUAUCCUGAGCCGUGCCGCGUGCAGAAUUCAGCAGGGCCGUGUGUGGGCUUUCCUGACUCUUGGACUGUUUUCUUCAAUUUUAUUUAAUCUACUUUCUAAGUGACCUUUUUCUAGUGAUUUUUUUCUUAAUCCAGAUGACAAACAGAGAAUAUAUAUUUUCAAGUGAAACUAAAAAGUACCUGAACAAGGCAAAAAAAAAAAAAAAGAAGAAAAGAAAUAAAUAAAUGAAUAGAAAUGAAAGUGUGAGCUGCCACAGGAAGCGCCCGGGUCGUCUCGGGUCGUGAACUGCAAGAGUCUGAGGGGCUACAGUAAUAUAUUACAGUGUUUCUUUGCUAAUAUGCUAAUAAAAAAAGAAAACAUUAUUGGAUUUUAGUAAUGCAAUAAUCAUCCUUUACACCAGAGUGUCUGUGAUGUAACAUGAACUUAACACUUACGACUCGAUUCAUCACUGCUGCGAAAACAAGGAAACGCGUUUAGAUUUUAGAGAUUGUUUUUUCAUGUAAAUCAAAUAUGCCUAGUUAAAAAACAAAUACUUACCGUUUUUAUUUCUGCAUAGUAUCAAUGUUAAUCCAGUGUAAGAUUCUCGGUGUGUACUGUUUUGGAGUUCUUCUCUGUGUAUCUGCUCCUUUUUUCUUUUUUCUUUUUUCCUGUUCUUGUUUCUUGUUUUCAUCAUCCCAUGUUUAGCCUUGGCUAUGUGUACUCAGUGUUUAUGUAGCUAACACACAUGUUUGUGUGUGGGUGCGUGUGUGUGUGUGAGAGAGAGAGAGAGAAAACACUUCCACCUCAAAGCAAUAGUCUGAGGGCUUCAAACCAACACCGUGAUGCAGGAAGUGAACUAGGCUUGGAAUAGAAGUGUUAAAUUGUAGGUUAGUGGUCCGACCGGUGAUGAUGCGAUUGAGAAACCCUCGUUUAAGGCUGGUAGGAUGGCAGAGAUGACGUUUAAUUCGAGGGUGUGGAAAUGGGAAUGGUGUUCUGCACCCGGAUCUCAGAAAGCUCGAAAUGUGUGGACGCCGAAAAACAAAAAACGAUAACUAUCCCUUUAAUCACCAAGCUAAAACCACAUGCUCUAAUGAUCAUUUUACCAUGGACCAUUUGCUCAUCUGUGUGUGUGUCUGUGUGUUUGUGAGUGCGCGCCUACCUGAUUGCCUUCCGUGUUUGACGUUUGAGUGACUUGACCUUGCAGACAAGACUCUACAAUAUACAACAGUUUGUUUUUCUCCUGAGAGCCUUCUAGUCUGGCUUAACCUUAACCGUGACCUCAGACAGAGUGUCCUGGAUCAGAGAAUACCGUCCUGCUAAACCUCCCAACAGGUCAAGGGAACUUGUACAUGUGGAUGAGACAUUUAUAAUUCGUGCUCGUUUAAGGGCAUGGUGAAGAAGUUUGCUCCACCACCAGCGUGCCUGAAACGAGCAGCCCAUUCUUCAUCCUUACGUUGAUCAACAACGUUUCAUAUCUGAGCCAACAUUUUCUUAAUUGAAUCCGAAAUCGACCCUUUGGGUAAAUUGGUUAGCAAGCUGAUGUGACAUACUUUAGCAUGACCUCCAGUGUCUGUCAUUUAGUCAUCUCUCAGAACUUGUUUUAGUCAUUUUAGACUUUAGAUUGGUCUCCAGUGUGUUUUUUGUCCUUUUUCCUUAGAGUUUAAAAAAGUUUAUACUUUGCUGUUUAACGACGUUUGAAAACCAGUAGGUUAAAUUAUCGCCAACUGUAGGUCUCGCUCUCUCUCAUCUUCCCGCCUCCUCAAAGCCUUUUUUUUCCCCUAGUCCAGGCUUUCUUUAAAAAAAACAUCUAAUAUCUAAAGCUUCCUUCUCAAUCUUGUCAUAUCUUGUUCUGUGUCUUGAACUUUUCAUCUGACUCAUCUGGCACUUCCCUAUUGUGAUCUUUUACAGUAUAAGAAGAGCCUCUCCCCCUCUGCUGUUCUCUUCUUCUCGUCUUCUUGGUGUUCACCAGUAGUUGGCGUCCACUACGUUGCAUUUACGGCACCUUCUGGUCCUCAUCAUCCUCAUCUUCCUUUCAGGGUUUAAACAAUCCUCUUUUCUCGUCCUGUCGCCCCUCAGCUACUUUCCUCCUUGUCGUCUUUUAUCCUUUUCUAAAAUACUUCGCACAGUGUGUACUCAGUCUCUUCAAAACUCCAAAUUCUCCAAAGGGAGGAAAAAAUCAUUAUCUGAGGAGUAUUUUAGCUUGAGCAUUAUCUCACACACACCCACACACACACACACACACACACUGAGGGGUUCAGAGACCUGUGUUAACUUGUUAAAGUCGAAGAAGAAUAUGAGACCUUUUAAGAGAAACGAGUGUAUCACCGGUUCUAUAUUGUGCAGACAUGAUUUGAUAGUUGUGUAACAGUCAUUACGUUAAUCCUUUCUUUGUCACAUGUACUUUACCGCAUCGUGAACUCCUUUUCUUGGCGUAUCCCAGGUUAGGAGCAGCGUCAGGCAUCGACACAGCGUCCCGGAGCAGAAGGGGUGGAGAGACUCGCUCAAGGGCCACAAAACAGCGGCAGAUUUGCAGUCAUGAACCUCCGAUCAGUAACCCAAAGCUUUAACCUGCUACCCAGACCGGAGCCGAUUUCGUCUGGUAACGUGUAAAAGAUAAACCGUUAAUAAAUAUCACGUCGUUUCAUUUCCCUAGUAGCUCGGACCGAGUGAACACACUGAGUCUGUUUCACAUGGUGACAUUUAACGUCAGGAGAACACGUGAGCUGCAGUAGUUGCUGUACCACUAAAACCUCAUCAUCUAACCUACUUUAGAUGUCCUUCCUCAGCCGUAAAGGAAAACUGCUCCUGAAGCUGUGGGAUAUGAUAAAGGACGUCCGGGUGCUGAUCCAAUGCAUGUUUAAAUGUAGUUAGUUUGGGUUCCAAGCAACAGGGAUUUCACUGGAUGUCGAGCGAGAAAAUGCAGUUCAUUAUUUAUCCCAGUUCAAACCAUUAUCUCUCAACUCCACUGCAUCUGGUGCUGGAUACUCGCUUUAAAAUCAUCCCUAGCAGCUGCAGAGCUCCAAAGCACCAUCUUUGUGUCGUGUAUCGGACAGGAUCGACCCUGGUGAGGGGAGUGCGUUUCCCCCAUCCUGGAUCGUUUCCUCAUCCAAUUUGGGUUUUUUGUCUUCUUCAAGUUAGAACUUGUUUUAACUGCGUGAGUUUUAAGACAUGUGGACUAGAUGUAGAGCAAAGGGAGUGUGUAUGUGUGUGUGUGUGUGUGUGUGAGAGAGAGAGAGAGCGAGACUGAAAUGGAACAGCAAAGCUUCAAAUGAUUUUUUUAUUUAUUUAUUUUUCAAUACACCUUUAGUGCUUUGAGCAGAUUACGUCACACUACAUCACAACAAACCUUCUGACUGUUGUCUUUUAUAGACUCCGCUGUAGACUCACUUAGCGAGCAGACAUUAAUGCUAGCGUAAUAGCUACCUCGGUGCUGUGCUUGCUUGUCAGCAGUGACUCAUCUCCGUUAACAAAUAAUCAAAGAUAGUCUGUUUUACACUGUUUCACACACCUUUUAUAAGCCCUGGGCUUCGUGACGUUUAUGCACAUAGUGGAUUUAGCCGUUUGGUCGCACAGAUGUUCUGCAGAGCCUCGAUCCGUUACACCGAAACCACUGCAUGGUAAAUGCUGCCGCCGCCGCCAGGAGCAGCCCUGGGAAUUCUCUCAGCCAUUGGUCGGCUGCUUCCUGAGCCUCGUUCCUUCAUCCCUUUCUUCGUCUUUGUGAUAUUUCCUCAUGAUAAAGAGGUGCUGUCCUUUUUAAAACCUCUGCGGUGGUGCCUGCAGUGUGUCCUGCUGACCCGAGUGCAGAAUGUUCCUGCCGAUUCCUUCAGCUCAGGGAGAACUUCCCUUCUUUUUGGAAGCGACAUAAAAAGCGACAUAAAGCUCUUUGAGUAUCAGGCCGUCCUGAUCUCCACCUCCUACUGAAGCCCUUUACACACACAAGCAUUGCUAAUGAGUGCUCGCUGCCGCCAAGGCCUGAGGAUACCUCGCUGACGUGAACCUCUUUCAUCCUGUGUGAACCCUUCAUCAUGUGUGAUGCCCUCCUCCUCAUCAUCAUCAUCGUCCUCAGAUUGUCUCUAGUACAGAAAGGGCUUUUCUUUCCAAAUCCUUAUUUGGUUUGUCUCGUUUGUCCUGUUUGUUUGUUUGUUUGUUUGUUUGUUUGUGUGUAUGCAUGGUCUGUCGUUAAGAGCAUCAUUUUUCAAGAGAAUUCCUGUGCUUCACUUCGAAAGCUGACAAGGUUACUGAUCUGAUGGCUUUUGUACCAACUUGAAAGAAUAAAAAAAACAAUUGAAAAAAAAA